AUGGAGCCUGCUGUGGAUUCUGUUGACCGCGAUAAACGGGGUGAGUGGGGUGAUCCCACGCAGGACGUUAGCCGUGUUGGCCAUGUUGGCCUCUUAAAUCUAGGUAAUACCUGUUUCAUGAACAGUGGACUCCAGGUUCUUUUGUCAAGCAAACACCUUAUAGGGGCGAUUAUGAAACUGAGAGAACGAGAACAGAGCGAUUUCAAUGGGACCCGUGUCAACGGCAGGGAAAUGCAAGAUGCCUUUCAGAACCUUAUUGAUGCAUCAAGAGGCAACAUGACAGACAUUUACAGGCCUGAUAAGAUAAAAGACGCUGCAUCAAGACUGAAUAAAUCCUUCAGGGGGUAUGGACAGCAAGAUUCAUUUGAACUUAUUCAAACAGUCCUGGAUGGAUUGGAGAAGGAGACAAAUAAAGCAAAGGAGGUACCAUACAAAUUGCUAGACACAGAUGGAAUGGGGUACAGCAAGGCACAAGAGCUGUUUCGAGAGCACCACCACAUGAAGUACGACUCGCCAAUCACGAAGGUCACAUGCACGGAGCUUGCCAAGUGCGUCAUGUGCACGAAGUGCCGCGCCAAAUCAUACUCCUUUUCCUACUGUCAAGCACUUCUCUUGGACCUGCCCAUCAAGGAAAGUAGAACUGAAGUGAAGAAAACGAAAAAGGACGAAAAACAGGAUCGGGGUAGUGGUAAUAGAUUGAGUCUCAGUGCACUCAUCAAUAACUCAGAAAAAGUAUACACUGUGGACAACUACUACUGUGCAAAGUGCAAGACUCACCAGCGCGUACAUGUACGGGAAUGGAUAUCCGAGCCAGCCAAGUGUCUUAUCAUUCAGCUCAAACGCUUCAGAAACGAGGGACACAGUGUGCUUCCUCGGUUUCUCUGGAGAUACAGUAAGAACGACUCGUCCGUCGAGUACGAGGACACGCUGGAGAUACAAUCCCUCGAGUUUGAGCAAGAUGGUGUCGAAAAAGAUGACAUGCAGCCUGACAGGGCAUAUUCAGGAUCUGAGGUGGACUCCAGUGCAGAUCCGACUGUCUGGGAGACCCCGUUGCAUGACGAUAGUAGUAGUGAGCACGUAGUGCAAGGAAUGAUAGCCACGGCACUAGACGCUAAGGCACCGCAUGUCAGAAGCUACAAAUACCGGUACCGAGGGGCAUCUUUGCACUCUGGAGGUCUGGGCGGCGGACACUACACAGCACUCUGCUACGGCUGCAACGACAAGUACUACUACUGCAACGACUCGAGCGUCACAGUAGUGGACAGAGGAAAGUUGGACACCCGUGCAUAUGUGCUUCUGUUUGACAGGGUGGAUUGCUAG